AAAUCGCUAGUUUUUAUUUUCUUGCUGGCGGUGGGUUGUGGUCUGGCUGUAGGUCUGACAAGAGAAUAUAUUUUCAAUAGUUAUUCAAAAUGGUGGACUGGAGCUCAGCGGUACUGCCAAAAAUACUACAAAGAUCUGGCCACCAUCACCACUAUGGAAGAAAACAGUCGACUUUUACAAUCUGGGUCCAGUAAUUCAGAAAGUUGGAUUGGACUGAACAGAAAAUCAGGCACCUGGGAAUGGUCUGACGGAGAACAGGCUUCUUUCCUGAGGUGGUAUGGUGGCUCACCUUAUUAUCAAUCAUAUUGGUCUAAUUGUGCUUCCACGUCUGUAUCUUAUCCAGGUUUCUGGUUGGAUUACUACUGUAGUAAUGAGAAGACAUUCUACUGUUAUCGGUUCCUGAUCUUGGUGAAGGAGAAGAAGACCUGGGAGGAGGCUCGGGAGUACUGCAGAACAAAUUACACUGGUUUGGCCUCCGUGACCUCUGAGACGAGCCUGCGGCAGCUGGAACUAGAAACGGUGCAAACGCAGACGGAGAGCGUGUGGACCGGCCUGCGCUUCGUGAAUGGACAAUGGCUCUGGGUGAGCGGGGAGCAGCUGGGGAGCCUGGUCUCAAUGCCUUCAUGUCCAGCUCCAUCUUACCGCUGUGGAGCUCUCAACAACAUGACAAGAACCUUGAAGAACCUAAACUGCAAUGAGAGACUGAACUUCGUCUGCUAUUGGCAGUGAUUUUACACAAGGAGAAAUCUCCUUCAGGAAGAAUAUAUUCAUCACUCU